CGAUCUGGCAACGCCAUCCAGAUUCCAGGAAAACGAUCUUGUCUCUCUUCUUCUUGCUGCCACCAAACUUUGAAAAACAACGCUCAUAAAAUUGGAUUUUUCCUCGAAAAUAAGACAAAUAGAGAGCGAAAGAUGGGACGUCAUCGUGCAAGGAAGCCGCUUUUCACGAUCGGCGACUUUGUGUUCGCCAAGGUGCGUGGCUAUCGGGCCUGGCCAGCCCGCAUCCUGGGCCGCGUCGGUUCCACGGCGUACAACGUGUACUUCUAUGGCACCUGCAACCAUGCCAAGGUGCCGCGCAACCAGAUCUUCGACUUCGAGAGAAACCAGCGUCGCCUGGGCGUGUUCCGAUCCAAGGGUUACGCCUGCAAUCCCAACUUUCGGGGCGCCAUGAUCCACGCCCGCCAGGCAUUCGCCAAUCCGGAGAUGGAUUACGGCUACUACCAGCAGAUGGCUGUAAACGAGGGCCAUUGUGUCAAUGCAGAGGAUCUGAAAAUGGACUACACGGUGGUCGAUGUUUCCGCCAACCAGCAGAAGCAGAAAGAACAGGAUGCCAAAGAGGAGGAGUGGAUGAACCUGUUGAUGGAGGAGGACUCAUCUAAGGAAAUCUCUACAGAUCCGCUGGAAGGAUGUGGUUCACACGAGCUGGACUCAAAGAACCAACCUGAGAAGCAAAACUCCGUGGAGCUGAACUCAAAGGAUCCACUGGAGGUGGACAACGUCGAAGAGUAUUACUUAAUGGCUCAGAUUACUCCUUUAAAAUCAGAUAAGAUUAAAGAUCGUGAUGCGAAGGUCACAACUCCAAAGGAUCUUAAAUUUAUUUUGGAAGGGUUGGACCCGAAGGACUGGUCGGGGACCCACAAUGAAGAGGGAGACACCUCCAAAGAUCAGUUGGUAGAACCGGCGUCUUUAAAACAGAACCUAAUGCCUCAGCUGGAUGGUUUGGCUUCUGACGAAAUGGACUUAAAGGCACAGGAGAAGGCUUCAAAAGAGUUAGUAGACAAGGACGUGCAGGAACUAAUGGAAAUGUUGGAGGAUUACGAGGAGCAGGCUCGUAAAGAAGAGGAUCAGGACUCAGAGAAGCAGAAACUGGAGGGGAUGUAUUUCAUGGAUCAGCCAUUAAACUUAACCUGCCGUCGCCGAUGCUAAAUAAUUCAUGGAACAGCUUCCGCCAAACUAUGAAAAGGUGAUUUUUGUUUAGAAUAUGAAAUGUUAUAAACGCAGCUCUAUUAUGUUUCUCUUUUUCGUCAUUGCUUAGACUAGAUAACUAUUCAAAUGUUCUUAGAAUUUAUACAUAUUCAUAUUAUGUCGAACUUUCUUGUAUUAGUUACUCAACAUAUAGAUUAGGACCAACAAAAUCGUAAUACCUUGUUACGGAAAAUUUUCUUUUGAAGUGUACUGAAACUUAAAUCCAUAAAAUAGGAGACCAAAUAUUACGUAAAAUCUACAAACAAAACUUAACAAUGAUUAACAAAUUUAAGACCUUUAGAUUUCAUAAGCGUUGAGAAACUUAACAAGCUCAUGAAAAAUUUACCUAAAUUAU